AUGACAUUGUGCCAAGCUCCAACCCAGACUCUCCCCCUUUGGACUCUCAGAUCAAAAAGAGCAUUCAGUCAGAGCUCCAACAUACAGACCGUUGUCGGCCUCCUGGCAGCAUUGAAGGCCAUUGUGAGGAGGAGGAAGAAGCCAAUCAAACGCAAAGAUUCCAGAAGGGAAUAUGCAAGGUUUAUGCUGGAGAACCUGUUUGAUGUCGCAUCAGGAGCAAGGCGACACCAGACUUGCAAGGAAAUGUGCAAACAACUGGUCCCCAAGACUAUCAAAGAUCCAUUUGCAAGCCUUCCUCCUGAGCAGAGGAUUGAAGAACUGCAAUUAGGGGCUGUCAAACAGGAAGGCGUCAUUACUGAGCCUCAUACAGAGCUCAACAAAGAUUUAAAACUGUUCCCUGAUGUAUGGAAAGACCAAGCAAAAUGCAAGGAAAAAGAGCUUUUGUUACCAGAGUUAGUCUCAUCAGCAUACACCAAUCAGUGCCCUCAUCCAAACGUAUGUGAGGUCAUGCCGGACCACUGUCUAAGGCUGGAACAAGACAGCUAUACUGACCCAUUCAAUUGGUCUGAAAGGGAGUUUCUUGAGUCAGUGUCUUCUCAUGCAAUUGGCUUGCAUCAAGAACAACUUCCACGUAUAGGCCAAGUCGAUGGUGAUCCUGUCAAGUUGAAUCAUGAAGGCCUUGGUCCAUUGGAUCAUAAAGAAAAGUUUGGUGACCUUGAACAAGGAUCUUUAGAGCCUCCAAGGACACCCAUUGAUGUCUCAAAGUCAGCCAAAGAUCCAGGACUGGACCAUGUCAAGGUUCCCAUGACUCCCAUAUCAUGUUUUGAUGCUGAGAUAGUUACUCCAAAGACCAAAGAGAAGACAGAGAACAGAAUGUGGAAAACAGAGCAAUGUCUGCAUGAGGCAGUAGCCCUUAGCCUGAAAGUUCCUGAAAUAAAAAAUAAUGAGAAGCCUGACCCUGUCCCGUCCUCACCCAAGUCUCAGCUUGGCUUAACCAAAGAGCAUGGCAACAGUGAUGUAGAUCUACUGGUGCCAUGGCAACCGGUCAACAUGACACGGCUUAUGAAGAACAAGAAGUUCACCAGGUCCGUUGAGGAUAUAGAGGGUGCAGGAAAGAUCAAGAUGCUGGACUGUGCAGUGGGCAGCAACCUAGAGCAUGUGACAAAGGAAGAGAUAUCAAUAGGCGGUGAUGAAUGUGACAAACUAUUGGAGCCAUUGGGAAUGGAUGCGGAGAGGACAUUGCAGGAACCUACAUCACAUGAUUCUGAAGAGCACAGUUCUACACCUUCAGAGACAUCCAUGACUCAAACUGAGGAGCCCCUACAUGAAGGCAGUAAGGAAAAGACAGCAGAUGCUGCUCCAAAAAGACAUUCUCCUGUAGGGGAUCCUCUGAUGGACUUCCUGAAGCUCAGGUGCAAGGAAACUCUGAUCAGAAAGGAGAGAGAUGUUCCUAUUCAGCAACCUCCACUACCACCCCCUCUCCUCUCGGAAGCGAACAAGAAGAAUGCAGGAGAGCUUCCUCCUACGAUAGAGGAGAAUGAUACACUUAGGCCUUCAAAACCUAUCACAAUUAAGAAAGAGAUGGUCUGUAAGGAUGACUUUGAUGAAUCUAAGCUGACGCCAACCAAGUCCGGGAAUAAGAAAUCAAAGAGCAGGGUAGUUGAAGUUACCCUUACAGCUCCUUUUCUUGAGAUGGUCAAGGUGAUAGAAGAAGCCCUUGCACCGGUCGUCAGUCAUCUUCAUUCCAUCAGUGCCCUGUCACCAUCCUACACACUCGACACCCUCACAACAGAUGUCACUCGAUUCCUCCUCCUUCAGCAUGAGAAGCAAAGUGGCACCUCUACAGUGAAAGAAGAUACAGAGAGACACAAGUAUAUCGUUCUGCUUCACAGCUAUGCAACUGCAAUAGACCUGAUGAUAAACUGUGAUGCUGUGUCAGCUAUCAUGCACCUUGCACUUACUAAUGAGAGAUACAAGGAUAUUCUUAAAGGAUGCCUAGAUUCUGUGAGAAACGUGCUAUUCAAGAAGCAAUGCCUACUUCCCAAGCACACCUUGCAUCCUAAGCUACAGGAAAUGGCCAGACUGACCGCAGAAUGGUUCCAGAAGAAACUCAAGAAAGAAGGAAGAGACCAUGACCCAAAGGUUCUUGUUAUCAUCAGAAGAGAGUAUACAAAGCUUGCUGAGAAUGUCACAUCUGUAUUGUUAUCAGUUAAAGGUCUUUCUGCCAGCACUCUUUCUUCAACACCCCAAACCACCUACAUGGCAGUCAUGGAAGCUCUAGACAAACACAACUGCUUGGUCAUCUCACCUGCCCAGAUCGACGAGAGCUUUCCAUGGGCUCACUUCUCGCUGGUCAUCGAGUAUGAAGCCUCCCCCAAGAGCCCCUGGAAAGAGCUUUGCCUGCGCCAGAAGAUCAGACACAUUGAGCUGCGAUGUGUUGGUCAUGCUAGUUCUGGAGCCACCCUGGGACAUCUUAGUACCACAGAUGGUGUAAACGAGAUGAAAGCUGAUGAAAAGCCAAAGCAGAUUCCACUCAAGCUGAUUGGAUCUGAAAGUGUCAUCAACUCAUCUAAGCUACUACACAUGCUAGAGACAAGGUAUAACAUACUGAUCGUCGAACGCACAACUGCCUCAACCUGUAACUCUCCCCUGCCGCGAACCGCCUAUGCCGAUCUUAUUCUAGAUGAGAGGAGAGGCAUCAUCAUCGUAGAAUUGGAAAGCUUUCUGGGAGAGGGCGCUGUAGAGCCACUCGUUCAUCGCAUCACAAUGCUCUCACAGCAGUUCUGCAAGCUGUGGGUGAUUCUGGAGGGGAAUGGUCAAAGUAACAGAUAUGCUCUUGGCGGUCAUGUGGUAGUAAAUACUUGCAAGCUACAGGCAGCCCUAUCACAGUUCGCAGCCAAGUCACAUGACUUUGAAGUGAAGGUGAUGUAUUCUAAUGACAGUAUCUGCACAGCCGCUACCAUCAACGGGAUAUGUGACAUUUCUAGGAAGGCCUCUGAAGCAGUAUGGCACAAUGAUGACUGGCUCACUAGACCUUGGCUGACCGAGAGACUGAGCAAGCAUGAGAAAUGCUUGACGGGAUUUCCAUGUGUGAACUCCUUCAGUGCUCAAGUCAUGCUCACAGCUGCUCCUCUACCAGUGCUGCUCUCAGCUCCGCUCACAUAUCUCUCAAAGCUCUGUCCAUGGAUUCCAACACGAAUCAUCGCGCGUUUCCACAAGCUUGUUCAUGAUGAGAGUCCUUUGUGCGAUCGUCCUUCUAAAGUCCACCUGACACAGAAGAGAGAAGAGUCAAGGCCUAACCAAGCCGAGUCCAUCUCGCGGAACAGAUCUGUGAUUGAUGAAGGAAGCAGGAAGGCCAUUGCAGAUGAAGGAGCAACAAGAGCUCAGGAAGAUGUAUAUGAUACGGGAUCCUCCGACUUGUACCCUCAACAGCGUGGGAGAAGAAACAAGUGGAGCAUGCUGCAGAGUGAACGUGAGAACAUAGACCAAGAUGAACAGAGGCAGCUGCGUCAGGAUCUUCCUGUUACGAUCAAAUCUGAACCGGUGGAUGAUUACCCUGUCUAUGACCUUGACGGCGAAGAGUUAUAUCCUCUAGAACGUUGCAUUCCUGAUGACCUGAAGACACCACUGGAACUGCUUGCAUCAGGUGACUCUAUCAGGAAGAACCAGCCUGGCUUAUCAAGGUAUCAUUCAGAGGAGUUUGAUGCAGAUGAUGCAAUGGCUACCAAUGUGGAUCACCAUCCUACAAGAGAUCUCUUACUCCACUUUGACAAGAAUAGAUCAGGUCGAAGGGACCUUUCCGACCUCCUGUCGUAUUCAUCCACAGGCAAGUCUGGUAGCGCCCCAUUGCCGGCAAGAGACUGGACCAUGGAGGAAGCAAUGCAACCAAGGCAGCAUUCCAGCAUUAGGGCUAGUGCCAGACAGGCCUACUCAGGCAUAGAUGCUCUUCUUCCAAGUCAGCUUCAAGAUCUUCGGCGUCAGGAGUGGGAUGUAGAGCAGCGUUUGACCAACAAAGAAAUGAAAAGUGAUUAUUCUAAGAAGGAACAAAUUCGUCUCUCUGGUCAGUCAGCAAGUGUACCAGCACAAAAAAGUAAGUUCUCUACAUGUUGA